AUCGAUCCAUUGUGUUCCAGGGACCAGUAAGGAAGAGGAGGAGGCCAUGAUGCAGGAGUGGUUCAUGUUGGUCAACAAGAAGAACGCCCUGAUCAGGAGACAGAACCAACUCUCUCUACUGGAGAAGGAGCACGAUCUGGAGAGACGCUUCCAGCUGCUCAACAGAGAGCUGAGAGCCAUGAUGGCCAUCGAGGACUGGCAGAAGACAGAGGCUCAGAAGAGAAGAGAGCAGCUGUUGCUGGAUGAACUGGUCAUACUGGUCAACAAACGAGACGCGCUGGUCAGAGACCUCGAUGCACAGGAGAAACAGGCGGAGGAGGAAGAUGAACACCUGGAGAGAACCCUAGAGCAGAACAAAGGCAAGAUGGCCAAGAAGGAAGAGAAGUGUGUCCUUCAAUGAUUGUCAUUUCAUUUCACACACAUAUAUAUAUAGUCUACGUCCCAAAUGACACCCUAUGUCCUAUAUAUUACUUUGACCAGGGCAACACAGUGCACUAUAUCGGGAAUAGAGUGCCUUUUGGGACACAGAUAUAGGCUAUAAUAUUUGUUUGAUCGAUACAAGAAUUGUAUUAUUAUAUUGACUAUUAUUAUUGUAAUUAUUAUUAUUAAUAUACCAUUAUAUUGACAUAUUGUUAUUAAUAUACCAUUAUAUUGACAUUAUUAUUAUAUUGACUAUUUGAGAAACCUGUAUUUUAUGUUUAUUUGAACCCUGACAUUGAAAUGCAGUCGUUGUGUUUGUUGGUCAACGGCUGUGAUGGUUUUACUGGUGAACUAAACGGCUGUGAUGGUUUUACUGGUGAACUAAACGGCUGCAUCCUAAAUGCAACCCUAUUCCAUAUAAAGGGCACUCCUUUUGACCAGAGCCCCUCACUCUAUAGGAAACAGGGAGCCAUCUGGGAGGCCUUGAGGCUCGGUGAGGAUGAGAGCCCAUGAUGUCUUGAACCAGCUUUAUACUGACAUGGAAACGUGUCCUGCUUAUACAACACACUAGAUGUUUCAUUCUGUUGUCGUUGCUUUAUCGAGCAAGGUACUUGUAUUUAAUAUACAUAUAAACGAUGGCAUAUACAGCCCAGUGGAAACCUACCAAGGGAGGGAUUGAAAUAUCAAAUAAUCAUGUCGUGAUUCUAAAGGGAAGAAAAGACAUGGUUGUAUCCUAUGUGUGGUUGGAGUUUUACCUGAGACCUGAACAUUUCAUUUAGACACACACAGCCUUCUCUGGCAGAAUGGUUCAAUGUUGAGGAGCUUGGAGACAGAGAUUCCUUUCUAGUGGUUUUGAGGUACAGCACGAGUUGUUUUAUAGGGGACGUUGGUGAUGAUAGCCAAUGAUAUUGUACUGACGUUUAUUGUUUCAGUUGGACUUUAAAAAAAAGAGUAUAAUUCACGAUAUCAGUAUUUUCAAGCUAUGUUUAUUACUUGACUGUGUGUAAUGUUUUAACGGUAAGAUAUCUCAAGAUGCAGUUCAUAAACCGAAAAACUGUUAUGAUUUUUUUAGUUCGCUUGAAUGCGGUUAACCAAACAUUUCAGAAGAAGAGCUGGCUCGGUGAUAAGGGGGAGAGAGGAAGGGUAUGGGGGUAAGGAGCGGAGGGAGGGAUAAGGGGGGAGGGAGGAAGGGUAAGGAGCGGAGGCGGGGAUAAGGGGGGAGGGAGGAAGGAAGAGUAGAGGGGUAAGGAGCAGAGCUGAGGCGGGGGUCGUGUCCAACUAUCAUUUUGUAUAUUUCAUCACCGCUCUGACAAAUGGCAUACAAAAAACUUUUUUUCCCGGAUCAAUUCCGCAAGCAGUUGAAAGCAGAAUAACUUGUAUUUAUUGCCGUUUUAUAGUCGGUAGUAGGAAUUCUACGGGCUAUACGUGUUAUUAGUGAACCAGCAUCACGACACAACCAUGUCAUAUUCUUGCAUUUCUUGCUUUUUAAUCAAAAGGGCGUUUUGUUAAUAUUUAUUGUAUACAUACUGAAGAAGAGAUCAUGUGUUGCUUUUAUUUGUGCUUCGAUCUCCUGGUUCCAACAAUAGAAAUGUAAUUAUCAGAACGGGCAUAUAGCCCAUCAGAUCAUUCUAGUAGUUAUAUUUCUAUUGGUUCCACUACAUCCGAAUGCAGCUGCUGUUUUAAACGUGUGAACAUUUACCUGUUUUGAUUAUUUAUUCCACUGUCAUAACACAAGUCUUCAAUAAAGUCCUAAACUUUCAUACUCCA